UACCAGUUGAUGUAAUUUCCUUUCAGCUCAACCAGACGCUUCUGCGCUGAGAACGAGCAAGACGAGCGUGCUUGUUGAUAUGGAUCUUUUUUUGAAUGAAAUCUCUGAGCUCAAGUUGAAGAUGAUUUGCGUCGUAUUUUUACCCAUCACUUUCCUAGUCGCUGGAGGCUUAAAGCUCUGCCCUCAUCAGUGUUCUUGUUACGGAGCAUCUGAGCUGGUGGACUGUCGAUCCUGAGGGUUCACUCACAUUCCCCACAGUAUUCCACAUGGCACGUGGCUCCUGGACCUCAGUGGGAAUAAGCUGUCGGAGUUGAGGAGUACCUCUUUUACUGGGAUAUGGGUCCUCCGGGUCCUUCUGCUUUCACAAAGCAACAUGCAGGUGGUUCAUUCUCAGGCUCUUUCCUCUCUGACCUUCCUGGAAAAGCUGGACCUGGCUUACAAUGAGCUCCGUGUCCUUCCUUCAGAUUUCUCUCAAGGAUUGACCUCUCUUAAAGAUCUUAAGCUUUCCCACAAUGCUCUGGAGCGCCUUGAGACGCGCUCCUUGGAGGACCUAGAAAACCUGGAGAGGUUAGAUCUCAGUCACAACCACAUUCAGGUCAUUGAAGUCGGGUUAUUUCGUGGACUUACCAUGCUAAGGCACCUUAACCUGGCAUGGAAUCAAUUGACGGUUCUCCAAGGAGGACUGCUGACCAUGCAACAAGGUCUUGGGGUUCUUCUUUUGGGCCACAAUAAUAUCUCCAAGAUUGAAGUGGAAGCUCUGACUCCCCUACGAACCCUCACCAUACUGAACUUAGAAGCCAACCAGUUGAGAAGCCUGAAGUUCAAGACAAUCUUAAACCUUAAGACGCGCAGCACGCAUCUGCAGUUAUCAGAGAACCCUUGGACGUGUGACUGCGAUCUGCAUCGUGUUUUCAGUAAGAUACUCCGCGUCAGGCAUCUCCACAUGGAUGAUUACGUCAAUAUCACAUGCCACUCUCCGCUCUUACUGGCUGGAGCUUCUCUGGGUUUGAUCUACAGUCAGCUGUGUGUCGCAGAAACGGCCACCGUCCUGGUCAUUACUGGAACUGUGAUGGUCACUGUGGUGGCGGCCAUGGUUAUGGCGGAACGGAAGAGAAAGAAGAAAAAGAUGAACCUGGAAAAACAAGGAAACGAUCCAAUGCCUUGGGAGUCUUACAAAUGAAG